UCCACGGGAUCUCUUCGGCGGCCAUGCGGCCGGUCCCGGGCGAGAGGCUCUAACUCGCCCCCUCGCCCGAAUGGCCCCCCGGAGCCGCGGGCGGAUGGAGCCGAGCUACGUCGUGGGUAUCUGCUGCCUGGUGCUGCUGGAACCGGGCCGGGUGUGGAGCGGCGAGCCCGGCACCGCGGGGCCCGGUGAGAAUGGGAACAGCAGCCAGGCACCGGCGGUGGAGUCCACGGCCCCCGCGCCCACCGGGGAGGCACCAGCGGGGGGAGAUCGCUGCCGCGGUUACUACGACGUGAUGGGGCAGUGGGACCCGCCGUUCAACUGCAACGCCGGCAUCUACCAGUACUGCUGCGGGACCUGUGGGUACCGCUUCUGCUGCCAGGUCAAGCCCAGACGGCUGGACCAGAGCGGCUGCUCCAACUAUGACACCCCCAAUUGGGUCAACACGGGCCAGCCGCCUGCCCGGGUGGAUGAGACCCCCGAGGACCCUGCUCGAGACAAGACCAACAUGAUCGUCUACAUCAUCUGCGGUGUGGUGGCCAUCAUGGUGCUGGUGGGCAUCUUCACCAAGCUGGGCCUGGAGAAGGCACAGGGUCCACAGACAGAGAUGAACGUCUCCAGGACGCUGACGGAUCUCCUGAAGCAGCCAGGCCAUGGCCCCUCCGAGCACAUGGACGGCCUCAUGGGGGGCAUGCAGGUCCCACUGGGUGAGGGGCUGCCCCAGGGCCCCCCCAGGAAUGGCACAGACAAACCACCCUUGAACAAUGCGGUGGCCAUAGCCCCCUCCCUGGGGCGGCCUCACAGCCACAACAAGCGUCUGCCACUGAGCAGCAGCCUGGCCCUGCCAGCCCCCACCUAUGCUGCCUACGCCACCCUCAAGGCUGGAGAAACUGCUCCCGAGGACUUCUACCGGCGGUUCGGGGGCUCAGAGGUACCCCCUGCCGGCACCCUGUCCUUCCCUGCUGCUGAGAGCCCGGCGCUGCCCGAGGGCUGCCCAAAGGUCAAGGGCCCCAAGCUGCCGGGGGGCGCAGCCUUCCUGGGGGGCUGGGAGGGGGCUCCCCCCCGCGGCCCCCGCCGGCCUGGCCUGGCAGCCCUGCGUGGAGAGGGGCCGCCCGAAGCCUUCCUCCCUGCCACCCCGCUGUACGGCCAGCCCGCCCGGCACCUCGCCACCAACAGCAAGACCGAGGUCACCGUCUGACAGCCGGCACCACCGGGGACCAGGGCCGGGGCUGUCCCCGCACCCGAGCAGCGCCGACGUCCUCCCACCGGAGCGAAGUAACGCAGGUGCGACGGAAGCCACGACGGCUGGCCACGAAGCUAGCCCUCCUCCCCUGGGAUGGGCGCUGCUGGCUCUGCUUCACCAUCGAGGAGGCGCCGUGAGCCAGGCUGUUUCUCUCAUUGGGACAAGCUUCAGCUGCUCUCAGCCCACUCCACGAAGAGGCAGAGCCAGGGACACUUUGGUGGAGCAGGCUGCUUAUGGGAUGGGAGCUAAUGCCGGACACACCACAGCCCCCCCGGGGUUGGAGGCACACAUCCUGCUGGGACCACGCACCCCAGCCUAGCUCCCACGGCCAGGUCGGGGAAGAGCAAGACAAAGCACUCUCCCAGCACUGCCGGCAGAGCCCGAGCAGCCUCCUUCCCUUCUCAGCUUCCCCUUUCUCACUGCCCCAGCCUCCACCUUGUCAAUAAA